AUGGAUCGCUUUGCUGGCGCCGUCGUUCUGACAACCAGCGCAGCUGCUGUAGUGGACCUUUCCGGACGCCACUACUGCCACCGGCAUGCAGACAGUGUCGUCAGAGUGUGUUCCGUGAGUGGUUGGACGUCUGACUUUUCUGCGGAGCUCUGCUGCCGGAAUGAUCCCCUCGUGGAGAAGACGUGCAUGUUUGACCCAUUCUUCUACACGAAGGCUGAGUGUUGCUCCUCUGGUUUCGCAGUACUGGAUCCGUACACCUUUUCGCUGGGCCCUUCACCCAGUUUCCCAAGAAGCCAAGAUUGGAGCAUUGGCCAUCCCUCCCAGACUCCGGAUCAGCUCCACUGGGAAGCCCUGAUCCGGUACGCUGCGAUCGACAAGACGAUUCCCUCACCAGUUGGAAGUAUAGGGCUGAGGGUCUUUAAAGGCGAUGUGCCAGACGUUCAAAUGUACAACCUCGAGACAUCUGGGUAUGUACCAUCCACCAUUUUGGAUGUUGGUGCCAACUAUGGUGGUGUUGCAGUGGCCCUUGCACGGCUGUACCCGCGUGCGCGACUGGUUGUGCUUGAACCGAACCCACUGCUGUGCCGCUUCUUGCUCUGGAACUUGCGCCGGCAUGGCCUCACGAAUCGAGUGUGGCCGCUGUGUGCAGGGGCCGCUGAAACAGCAGGCGAAGUGCUUAUGCAGCCUUGCAACCAGCCUUGGAUUGGAGCCCCGGUAAACACGUGUAUGAACCUGGCCAUGCGCACGUUCAGCACCGCCGCUGAUGCCUCGGCUGGACCUACUGUGAAGGUGCCAACGCUCACCCUGCAUGGCAUCCUGCAUGGCGUCGGCUGGACAAGUCUUGACCUGCUCAAGCUAGACUGCGAAGGCUGUGAGUGGCGUGCAGCAUUGGAUUCCGCCACUUGGCCGGCGCCGCUGGCCGCAGUUGGCGAGUUGCAUUUCGACUGCGCUGAUACUGCCUGUUGGCCUCCCAAGAAGCAGGCCCGCGACCAACGCAACUGCAGCCACGUCGCCCAGUUCAGCUCACUUGAGGAAAUGCGGGAGUUGAUACGCCGGUGUGCAUAG